CAAUAAUAUUUGUACUUUUAAGCUGAAAACGAUGCAGUAAUAUUAAAAUGCUAUUAAAAAUAGGAAUCAACUCGAAUAAGGAAUGAUGCAAUCGAUGGACCAUGUUCAUAUUUACAAAAGCGAAUCUCAUACGCUUUGUGGUCGGCGCAAUAUGUCUCCUGCUGGUGCUCAACUUUUUGUGGACAUCGGAGUCGGACGGAUCCAGCAGCACGUCGCUAAGCAAGCUGAGCAUACGACGUGUGCACAAAUAUGCACACAUCCACAGCAGAAACGACAGCGGAAGUGGCAUUGGGAGGAACUCAAACAUGGCUGGGCAUAAGUUGCCCACCGCUCCUUUGGCCCUAUCCAAAGAGCGUGAGUUGCACAACGAACGCAACUCAACCUUAACGACUGUGAUUGCGAUUGCAAACUUUACUUCCAUUCCACAAGACUUACCGCACGCGCAUCCGCACCCGCACCCGCAAGAUUUUGCAAACAGCACACUCAAUCCGCAAUUACAUCCGACCCAAAACUGCACUGAUCCCGAUCCCCGAGAUGGUGGACCCAUCACGCCCAACACAACACUCGAAUCUCUUGAUAUUAUUGAGGCAGAGCUGGGCCCAUUGCUGCGUCCUGGUGGCGCAUAUCAGCCAAGUGAUUGCAUUGCCCAAUACCAUGUUGCCAUUGUUGUGCCCUUCCGCGACCGCUACGCACACCUUUCGGUCUUCCUACGCAACAUACAUCCGUUCCUAAUGAAACAGCGCAUUGCCUAUCGUAUAUUUAUUAUAGAGCAAACCAAUGGCAAGCCCUUUAAUCGUGCGGCUAUGAUGAACAUUGGUUACUUGGAGGCCUUAAAGCUUUAUCGGUGGGACUGUUUUAUAUUCCACGAUGUCGACCUUUUACCUUUGGAUGAACGCAAUCUGUACAACUGUCCACGUCAACCGCGGCACAUGUCCGUUGCAAUUGACACGCUGAACUUCAAGUUGCCUUAUCGCUCAAUAUUUGGCGGAGUUUCUGCCAUGACACGACAGCAGUUCCAGGCUGUAAACGGCUUUUCGAAUUCUUUCUUUGGCUGGGGUGGCGAGGACGACGAUAUGUCCAACAGAUUGAAACACGCGAACCUAUUCAUAUCACGUUACCCAAUAAAUAUAGCUCGCUAUAAAAUGUUGAAACAUCAGAAAGAAAAAGCAAAUCCAAAACGCUAUGAAAAUCUGCAGAAUGGUAUCGGUAAAAUUGAAAUGGAUGGCAUCAAUUCGAUUAAAUAUGAGAUCUACAGCAUCAAAGAAUUCCCGACCUUUACUUGGUACUUAGCUGAGCUAAAGAAUUCCGAGCGAAAGAGUUAGCCAAACACACAGACAGACAGACAGACACAGACCGAGCAGUUUGUUCUCGAACUUCUCUAAAGACAAAGUUGCAAACGCGAAUCUCAAUUUCGUGCAAUAUUUACUUAUGUGUAUGUACAAAUGACAACAUUACUUUUUCAAAGUAGCCUAAUUAUCUCGAAUAAUAGACACACAAUUAUUGUGUACGUAGCGUGUCCAGUCAAUAUAGAAAUACAUAUGUACUUUAGUAGUACUGCUAGCCCCAUUUAUAAUAUAUUCUAUAUAUUCUAGCGAAUAUAUAGAUUUUGUUGAUUUUUGUUUCUUCCUUCUAAUUUUAUUAUGAAUCUCUCUAUAAAAAAACAAGACAAAAAUUCUACACCAAUUCCUACAAGGUGAAAUGUAGAUAUUACUUUUGUGAUAUACAAAUUGUUAUUCGAUCAAAACGAUAAUUAAAAGAAAAAUGAAAAUAUAUGAACUUCGGCAUGCCGAAACUUCAACAUACCCUUGCAGAUGACCUGCAGAGUAUUGGUCUGAUAUACUAAUCUUAAGUAUAAAUUUUGAAAUAUCAAAGACAACUUUUAUUUGACUGAGUACUCCAAUGGCAGCUCCAUUUAGUAAUCCGAUCCAAAUAUCAACAACUGGAUAACUGGCGCAGCUUAAAUGGCUUUAAACAAAAAAAACUACUCUCGAAUUAUAUCAGCCUCUGCAAGGGUGUUGAUUAUUAUCUACCAUACUUUAAUAUACAAUACCAAAUGUAACACUUAUUAUAAAAUACAUUUUACUAUACCAGAAUAAAACUU